UGUGUGUAAAGAUAAAAGAUGUGAUGAUAUAUCUACAGAUAGAGUUCAAACUUCAAGAUUGCAAUGAUAUGCAAUAAUGAUACAUAAUACUAUACGUAUUCGUUUCACGUCUUUCACGAUGUUACGUAUGGCGAUCAAUCAAAAUAUUCGAAAAUUGAGUAGUAAUACAUCUUGCUUAAUAAAAUGCAACCGAUUGGAAGGAAAAGUCGCGAUAGUGACAGCAUCCACAGAAGGAAUAGGCUUUGCCAUAGCAAAACGCCUAGCGCAGGAAGGCGCCAAAGUCAUGAUCAGUAGUCGUAAGGAAUCAAAUGUGAAGAAGGCUGUAGAUAAACUUAAAUCUGAGGGUUUACAAGUUGCGGGUACUGUCUGCCAUGUAGGAAAGGCAGAAGACAGGAAAAAUCUGUUUGAGAAAACUAAAAAAGAUUUCGGAGGCUUGGAUAUUUUAGUAUCUAAUGCUGCCAUUAGUCCAGCAGUUGGUCCAGUGCUAGAAAGCACUGAACAAAUAUGGGAUAAGAUUUUUGAUAUCAAUGUCAAAUGUACAUUCUUGUUGAUGAAGGAGUCUCUGCCGCUUCUUAAAUGUAGCAACUCACCUUCUAUUAUCAUCACAAGUUCAAUUGCUGGAUAUCAGCCCUUUAAUUUAAUAGGCAUAUAUUCGAUUAGUAAAACUGCUUUAUUGGGCUUGAUUAAAGCUACUGCAGAUGAGCUUGCAAAUGAUGGAAUUCGUGUAAAUGGCAUCGCACCAGGAAUAAUAAAGACUAAAUUUUCAAAAGCGUUAUAUGAAUCAGAAGAAGCGCACGAUAUUGCUGUAAUGAGUUGCAGUAUGAAAAGACUUGGAAUGCCAGAUGAGAUUGGAGGUGCAACUGCAUUUCUAGCUAGCGAUGAUGCUUCUUAUAUUACUGGUGAAAUCAUUAUAAUAUCUGGCGGAAUGAAAUCAAGACUAUAAGUCUUUGCAAUAUAAGCCUUUUAUAUCAUUUUUCUGUACAUAUAUGUGUAUAAUUAUGUGCUGGAAAAUUAUUGCUUUUUUUUACUAAAAAAUUA